AUGGUGUUGCUGCAAGAGACUAAGAAAUCUGUGAGUAAUGAAAAGUUAGCUCGGUCAAUUUGGGUAGGAGAGAUGAUGGAUUUUAUGGCUGUGGACUCAACAGGAGCUGCUGGAGGUUUACUUUGUGUAUGGAAUCCAGAAGUGUUUCAAAUUAAAGACUGUUGCUGUAAUAAAAGUUUCAUUCUCUUAUCAGGUACGCUUUAUCAUAGCUUUCAAUGUGUGGUGGUGAAUGUAUAUGGUCCUAAUGAUGCAAUUAAAAGAAAGGAGGUGUGGGAUAUCCUGUUAAAUAUGAAAUCAGUAUUCCCAAAUCCUUGGUGUGUGGGGGGAGAUUUCAAUGAGAUCCGGAGAAUUUCAGAAAGAAAAGGGUGCUCUAGAAUGGAUAGGGGGAUGAGAGAAUUCAAUGCAAUGAUUGACCAACUAGAGUUAGUUGACUUACCAAUGUUCGGGCGAAACUUCACCUGGAGUAAUUCUCAGGAUGGGGAAAGAUGGAGUAGAUUAGACAGAUUUCUCCUUAACACAGAUUGGGUGUGUAAUUUUAACUUCAAAUUGUGGGGUAUCCCUAGAAGGUUUUCAGAUCAUAGCCCUAUCCUACUGUUAGAGGAUGAGAGGGACUGGGGUUUUAGACCCUUCAAAUUCAUUAAUGCAUGGCUUCUUUAUCCAGGCUUUAUGAAGGUAGUUCAAAAAUGUUGGGCAGAAACAAUGUUAGAUAGUUGGGCUGGGUUCAAGUGCUUGUAUAAAUUGAAAGCUUUAAAAGCCACAUUAAAGCAGUGGAAUAAUGAGGUCUUUGGUCAUGUUGAAUUCAAGCUGAAACAAGUUGAAGAGGAAUUACAUACUCUGGACUUACUGGUUAAAGAAGGGUCAUUAUCAUCAUCAUAG